CAAGCAAGAAGAAGACCAUUUCAUAAGCCCCCAUAACAUUCUUCUCAGCUUCUUACAACUUUUCCCGCGGAUUUGAAAUUUCCCAGCAAACCCCAUUCAUAUUUUCUAUUUCACGCAUUUUGGUUUACCUUCCUUCUUUGUUUUCUGGGAAACUAGUUGAAUUUUGUUUGAGUUGAAAAUAUAACCAUCAUAAUUAACAAGCCCAAAAGCCAAAUGCCGCGUAUUUCCUAGAAACCAAAGUCAAGAAAAUGCGAGAUCCAAAACCAAGUCUUUGUUCAAAGCCCUUCUUCUUCUUCUUCUCCUUGUUUAGAGAACAUUCAAAUACGCGCAUAUUUCAUUCAAACCUUUCCUCUAUUUUAUGACCUGAACCUCUUUUGAUCAUUAUAUUCUCUCUUUUGGUUUUCUGCACAAAGAAUAUAUAGCUUUUUGGGUGCUAAGCUUUUGUAGAUUACAAAACUGGGUUGGUGCUGCUUAUAUUGUCCAAACCUCUGCGCUUGCUUCUCUUACUCUUUCUGGGUUCUUUUUUCUUUUUCCUCUAGCUCUAGAUUCUUUAUUUCAUUUAUUCUUUCUCCUCUGUCCAGUAUUCAAAUUUUUUAAUUACUAAAUUACUGGGGUUCUGAGCUUCUUGUUCUGGGUCUCUGUGUUUAAUAUUUGUGACCUUUUGGGUCUCUGUGGUCCUCCUUGAACAAAGAAGCUGUUUUUACAGUGAGGAUUAUUUGCUCAAGUACUUAAUUUUCAGUUGAUUGAGUGGGUUCUGGUUCUGGUUCUGGUUCUGGGUUUUGAACUGGUUUCGUUUGAAACAAAGUUGCAAUUAUUAAAGUCUCGACCUUUUUAGGUUGGCAUUAAUUUUGUGUUGUCAGUGGAGGAGGAGAAAAUAUGAGGAGUGGUGGGAGAAAGAGAAGGCUGCAUUUCAGCAAGAUCUAUUCUUUCACUUGCGGUAGAGCUUCUUUGAAGGAGGAGCAUUCACAGAUUGGAGGGCCAGGAUUUUCCAGAGUGGUUUUCUGCAACGAACCGGAUUCGUUUGAGGCCGGGAUUCGAAACUAUGCAGUUAAUUAUGUCAGCACUACUAAGUACACACUCGCUACAUUCUUUCCCAAGUCUUUGUUUGAGCAGUUCAGGAGGGUAGCUAACUUCUUCUUCUUGGUCACUGGCGUUUUGGCCUUCACUCCUCUGGCUCCGUAUUCAGCUGUCAGUGCCAUAAUUCCUCUGAUCAUCAUCAUUAGCGCCACGAUGGUGAAGGAGGCGAUCGAAGAUUGGCGUCGAAAACAGCAGGAUAUUGAAGUGAACAAUAGAAAGGUUAAAGUGCAUAAGGGUAGUGGCAAUUUUGAUUAUACUGAAUGGAAGAAUCUGAGAGUGGGAGAUAUAGUGAGAGUGGAAAAGAAUGAAUUCUUUCCAACAGAUCUCCUGUUACUUUCGUCCAGUUACGAAGAUGCAAUCUGCUAUGUUGAGACAAUGAACCUUGAUGGGGAGACAAACUUAAAGUUGAAACAAGCAUUGGAGGUAACUUCACCGUUACAGGAGGACACCAGCAUCAGCAAUUUUCAUGCCAUGGUGAAAUGUGAGGACCCAAAUGCAAAUUUGUACUCAUUUGUCGGAACUAUGGAGUUUGAAAAGCAGCAGUAUCCCCUCUCUCCUCAACAGCUUCUUCUCAGAGACUCUAAACUCCGAAAUACAGACUACAUAUACGGAGUGGUUAUCUUCACCGGUGUUGAUACAAAGGUUAUUCAAAACUCUACUCCCCCUCCUUCAAAAAGAAGCAGAGUUGAGAAGAAGAUGGAUCAAAUUAUCUACGUCUUGUUUGGUGUUUUAUUUACAUUGGCAUCAGUUGGAUCCAUUUUCUUUGGCAUUACAACCAAAGAUGACAUAAACAAUGGGAUCAUGAAAAGGUGGUAUCUGAAGCCAGAUAGUUCUGAAAUUUUCUAUGAUCCCAAAAAGGCUCCUGUUGCAGCAAUUUAUCACUUUUUGACUGCUCUGAUGUUAUAUACCUACUUCAUCCCUAUCUCCUUGUAUGUGUCAAUCGAAAUUGUUAAAGUUCUUCAGAGCGUCUUCAUCAAUCAAGAUAUUCACAUGUACUAUGAAGAAGCUGAUAAACCAGCACAUGCCCGUACCUCAAACUUGAAUGAAGAACUUGGCCAAGUUGACACAAUUCUUUCAGACAAGACUGGAACUCUGACAUGCAAUUCAAUGGAGUUCAUCAAAUGUUCUGUGGCUGGAACAGCUUACGGCCGUGGUUUUACUGAGGUUGAGAGGUCUAUGGGCAGGCGAAAUGGUUCACCAAUUCAUGAAGCUGUAAGUGGUGGGAAUGAAACAACGACACCCGUUAAAGGCUUUAAUUUUAAAGAUGAAAGGAUCAUGAAUGGAAAUUGGGUUGAUGAGCCUCAUGGAGAUCUCAUCCAGAAAUUUUUCCGCUUAUUAGCAGUCUGCCAUACAGCCAUUCCAGAAGUUGAUGAUGUAACUGGGAAGGUUAUGUAUGAGGCUGAGUCUCCUGAUGAAGCAGCAUUUGUGAUUGCAGCAAGAGAACUUGGUUUUGAAUUCUAUAAAAGGACACAAACAAGCAUAUCAGUGAGAGAAUUGGACAGAGCCUCUGGAAAGAAAGUUGAUAGGUUGUACACUCUCCUGAAUGUGUUAGAAUUCAACAGCUCAAGGAAACGAAUGUCUGUGAUUGUAAGAAAUGAGGAAGGAAAAGUACUAUUGCUCUGUAAAGGUGCUGACAAUGUCAUGUUUGAAAGACUUGCCAAAAAUGGUAGGGAGUUUGAAGAAGAGACCAAGGAGCAUUUAAAUGGGUAUGCUGAUGCAGGGCUAAGGACUUUGAUACUUGCCUAUCGUGAACUUCAGGAAGAUGAAUACAGAGAGUUUAAUGCAAAAUUUAUCAAGGCCAAGAACUCAAUUGGUGCAGACCGUGAAACAUUGAUUGAUGAAGUAACAGAUAAUGUUGAAAAAGAUCUAAUUCUUCUUGGUGCGACAGCUGUUGAGGACAAACUUCAAAAUGGGGUUCCCGAUUGCAUCGACAAGCUUGCCCAAGCAGGAAUUAAGAUUUGGGUUUUGACUGGAGACAAGAUGGAAACUGCCAUCAACAUUGGGUUUGCCUGUAGCUUACUUAGACAAGGAAUGAAACAGGUUAUGAUAAAUUUGGAGUCUCCAGAAAUUAAGGUGCUGGAAAAGGAAGGAGAUAAGGAUGCCAUUACCAAGGCAUCAAGAGCACGUGUCUUCCAUCAGAUAACCAAGGGAAAGGCCCAGCUUACAGCAUCAAGUGGGGGAUCCGAGGCAUAUGCAUUGAUCAUUGAUGGAAAAUCUCUUGCUUAUGCUCUUGAGGAUGAUAUAAAGUCAUUGUUUCUAGAGCUUGCAAUGGGCUGUGCAUCUGUUAUUUGUUGCCGUUCGUCCCCAAAACAGAAAGCACUGGUCACUAGACUGGUCAAAUCUGGAACUGGGAAAACAACUCUUGCGAUUGGUGAUGGCGCCAAUGAUGUGGGAAUGCUCCAAGAAGCAGAUAUUGGGAUUGGAAUUAGUGGUGUUGAAGGAAUGCAGGCGGUCAUGUCAAGUGAUAUUGCGAUUGCACAAUUUCAAUAUUUGGAGCGUCUGCUGCUUGUGCAUGGACAUUGGUGUUACAGGAGGAUCUCAUCAAUGAUUUGCUACUUCUUCUACAAGAACAUCACAUUUGGUUUAACUAUCUUCUUAUAUGAGGCAUCCACAUCCUUCUCUGGACAACCUGCAUACAAUGACUGGUUUUUAUCACUGUAUAACGUAUUCUUCUCAUCGCUUCCAGUGGUUGCCAUGGGAGUUUUCGACCAGGAUGUUUCUGCACGAUUUUGUCUCAAGUUUCCUCUAAUAUACCAAGAAGGGGUGCAAAAUGUUCUCUUCAGCUGGCGUAGAAUAAUCGGUUGGAUGUUGAAUGGAUUAACAAGUGCAGUGAUUAUUUUCUUUUUCUGCAUGAAAGCGCUACAACCAUAUGCCUUCAAUCAGGAUGGGAAAACUGCUGGGAAGGAUAUUCUAGGAGCAACAAUGUACACAUGCAUCGUUUGGGUUGUGAACUUGCAGAUGGCACUUGCCAUAAGUUACUUCACCUUGAUACAACACCUUUUCAUCUGGGGUUCCAUUGUUCUCUGGUAUCUUUUUAUGUUAGCAUAUGGAGCCAUGUCACCCACGCUCUCUACCAAUGCAUACAAAGUCUUCGUCGAAACCCUUGCCCCCGCCCCUUCUUUCUGGCUUAUUACAUUGCUUGUGCCAAUCUCAGCUCUACUCCCAUAUUUCACAUACUCAUCACUUCGGAUGCGGUUCUUUCCUUUGUAUCAUGAAAUAAUACAAUGGAUUAGGUACGAGGGGCGGUCAAAUGAUCCAGAGUUUUGUGAUAUGGUGCGGCAGAGAUCUUUGCGGCCAACAACCGUGGGUUUCACAGCACGGUUAGCUGCUAAGACCAACAUUAUAAGAAGAUAGAUGAUAGCCAUAGGUUUUGUUUUUGGAAUGGUUAGGUUUCAGAGAAUACACGCCUCAAUGAAUCUCUGCCACUUUUCGUGGUUCUGCACCUUGUACAUGUUUGGGUUGCAUAUAUAGAAGAUACAACAUUUUUGGUUCUACUUGUAGGAGUAGACCCUGUAGUCUGGAGAUACUUAGCUAGAUAUGUACAGAAGCAGCACUAUGCAGCUGUAAAUAUUAUGGUGUUAGGUUCUUUAGAGAAUGUAAAGCUGUAUUAAUGCCCAUUUGGGGCCAUGCUUUGUUUCUUUCAGUAGAUACAUUAUAAGAAGUGAAAGUACUCAUUGUAGAUCUCAAUAAAUUUGCUUUUUCUUGAA